AUGCAAUGCAGACAAACAAUUUUUUUGAAUAUUUACACGACACAUGCUUCAAGAAGAAGUAAUUUUAUAAAACAAAAGAGUGGAAAAGAAUAUAAAGGAUCAAGAAGACCAAAAAUCACGCAAACAUUUAAUAGUGUAGAAAAUGAAGAUAUAAUUAAAUCAGCAACACAAACAGAAGAAAGUCUUCUUAAGAUAUUUGAUGAUAAUGAAAAUAAAGAUGAACAGUUUAGUGAAGAUUUUGGAAUAACAUCCAAAAUUGCUUAUAAUUACAACAAUAAAGUAAUUACAGAAAAUUCAGAGUUUGAAAUAACAAAUGAAAAAGCACGACUCAGUUUAAACAAAAAAAUUGAUGUAAAUCGUGAAGAAAAUUAA